AUGCCUCCCAAGAAGAAAGGAAAUAAAAAGGGCCAGGACGACUGGGAAGCCGAGCUGGGCGAGACCAUUGCCCCGGCUAGCGAGCAGCCUGUCGCUGAUGCCGAUGCCAACGGUGAUGCUGGCGGGGAGGACGAUGACGUCGCUGGAGGUGGUGGCAUGAUGGCUAUGCUUCGAAGGAAUAAGGAGAAGCGUAAGAAGAAGGGUAUCGAGGACGAGACCGUCGAAGAAGUACCCGCUCCUCAGGCUGCCGAGGAUGCCAAUAUGGAUGACGAGUUCGCCCUCCCCGACAAGAAGGGCAAGGGUGGCAAGGGCAAGCAGCAGGCUGCAAAGAAGGCUGCCCCAGUCGAGGAGACUGGGGAGGGCGGUCGUGUCCUCACCAAGGCUGAGAAGGAGAAGCUUAAGAAAGAGCGCGAGAAGGCUCGCAAGAAGGAGCAGGCAAGUUCAACACCUCCCCCCCCCUCCAACAACAAAAUUUCAAGGGCCUCCGCUACCAAAAAAAAGGCGCCGGCUCCAGCCAAGCCGGAAGCCAAGGCCGCUCCCGAGAAGAAGGAUGUCGCGCCCGAAACGGCGCCGGAGCCCGCCGCCGACCCGGGCGGCAAGAAAAAGAAGAUCCCCGCCCACCUGGCUUUGAUACAGAAGCAACAGGAGGAGAUCCGCCGCAAGCGCGAGGAGGAGGAGAGGCUCCAGGCCGAGGCUAAGGCCAAGAUUGCUGAGAUGGAUCGCCUCGAGGCCGAAGAGCAUCAACGCCGCGAGGAGGCCAAGGCCCUGAAGAAGCAGAAGGAGAAGGAGCGCAUUGAGCAACUCAAGAAGGAGGGCAAGUUCCUCACUAAGGCCCAGAAGGAAGAGAAGGCCCGCAACGAGAGGAAGCUCCAACAGAUGCUGGCGGCUGGUAUCAAGGUCGGUCCCCAGGAGGAGGGCGAGAAGAAGAAGGAGAAGGUUGUGUAUGAGAAGAAGAAGAAGAGCAGGGUUGAGCAAAAGCUUGACGAAGAGAAGGCUCUUGCUGAAGCCGCCGAGCGCGCCCGUGUCCAGGCUGAGAGGGAGCUCAAGGAGGCCGAGGAGCGUUCCCGCGAGAAGGCCGCUGCCGAGGCUGCUGCCGCUAAGAAGCCCGAGAGCGAUAUUGAGGACGACUGGGAGGCUGCCGCUGGAUCUGACGAUGACGUCAAGGACAGCUGGGAUGCUGACUCUGACGAGGGGGCUAAAGACAAGAAGGAGCUCCCCUCAAGGCCUAAGAAUGACAAUGAUUCGGAAGAGGACAGUGACGAGGAUGACGACUCCGAAGACGACGAGCGCGUUUCAGCUGUCCGAGCGGCUGAGGUGCAGCGCAAGAAGGAGGCCUCUGAGCGCCGAGAGAAGGCCCACCAGGAGGCCCUGGCUGCCCGUUCAAAGGACAACCUUCGCUCGCCUAUUUGCUGCAUUCUGGGUCACGUCGAUACCGGAAAGACGAAGCUGCUGGACAAGAUCCGUCAGACCAACGUCCAGGAGGGCGAGGCUGGUGGUAUUACCCAGCAGAUUGGUGCUACGUACUUCCCCGUCGAGUCCAUCCGCCAGAAGACGGCCGUCAUCAAUAAGGACAACAAGUUCGAGUUCAAGGUGCCCGGUCUGCUGGUCAUCGACACACCUGGUCACGAGUCCUUCUCCAACCUGCGCUCGCGUGGUUCGUCACUGUGUAACAUUGCCAUCCUGGUGGUCGAUAUUAUGCACGGUCUCGAACCCCAAACGAGGGAGUCAAUCCAGCUGCUCAAGGACCGCAAAACACCAUUCAUCGUGGCCCUCAACAAAAUCGAUCGUCUGUACGGCUGGAAGAAAGUCGAUGACAACGGUUUUCAGGAGAGUCUGGCGCUGCAGAACAAGGCGGUGCACAAUGAGUUUGAGACCCGUCUUGAGAAGAUCCGCCUCGAGUUCGCCGAGGUUGGCUUCAACUCGUACCUUCACUAUAAGAACCCGUCACUCAAGAACAACGUGUCGCUCGUGCCCACGUCGGCCCACACAGGCGAGGGUGUCCCCGACAUGCUCAAGCUGAUUGUGCACCUGACCCAGGAGCGCAUGACGUCAUCGCUCAUGUACCUGUCCGAGGUGCAGGCCACUGUUCUCGAGGUCAAGGCCAUUGAGGGUUUCGGCAUGACCAUCGAUGUCAUCCUGUCCAACGGUAUCCUCAGGGAGGGCGACCGAGUGGUCCUGUGCGGUACUGAGGGUGCCAUUGUCACAAACAUCCGCGCGCUGCUCACGCCACAGCCGCUCAGGGAGCUGCGUCUUAAAUCGCAAUACGUGCACAACAAGGAGGUCAAGGCCGCUCUGGGUGUCAAGAUUAGCGCGCCCGGCCUGGAAGGUGCCAUCGCCGGUUCCCGCCUGAUGGUCGUCGGCCCUGACGACGACGAGGAGGACAUCAUCGACGAGGUGGAGACGGACCUGGCCAACCUUCUCAGCCGCGUGGAGAAGUCUGGUCGCGGUGUGUCGGUGCAGGCUUCGACCCUUGGAUCUCUCGAGGCCCUACUCGACUUCCUGAAGGACUGCAAGAUCCCAGUGGCCAACGUGGGCAUCGGCCCGGUGUACAAGCGCGACAUCAUGCAGUGCGGCACCAUGCUGGAGAAAUCGCCCGACCACGCCGUCAUGCUCUGUUUCGACGUCAAGGUGGACAAGGAGGCGCAGGCCUACGCCGACGAUCAGGGCAUCAGGAUCUUCACGGCCGACAUCAUCUACCACCUCUUCGACGCCUUCACCAAGCAUAUGGACGAGCAGCUAGAGCGCAAGAAGGAGGAGUCCAAGAUGCUUGCCGUCUUCCCCUGCGUUCUCAAGCCCGUCGCCGUCUUCAAUAAGACGACGCCCAUUGUAGUCGGUGUCGAUGUCGUAGAGGGUCAGCUCAAGGUCAAUACUCCCAUUGCCGCCGUCAGGCAAAACAGCGCCGGUGGAAAGGAGAUUGUCAAGAUUGGAAGAGUUACAUCCAUCGAGCGCGAGCACAAGCAGAUCCCCGUCUGCAAAAAGGGACAGCCCUCUGUCGCCGUCAAAAUUGAAAUGGGUUCGAACCAGCCCACAUACGGCCGACACCUCGAGGAGGGAGACACGCUGUACAGCCAGAUUUCUCGCCGCAGCAUCGACACCCUCAAGGAGUUUUACCGCAAGGACGUGUCCAACGAGGAGUGGCAGCUCAUCAUCAAGCUCAAGCCUCUCUUUGACGUCAAUUAG